AUGGCGGGCAUCUCCCAGCUGAUAUCCACAGCCCUCUCCUCCCCGGCCUCCCCUGCGUGCCCCUUCCAGAGAGGCCGGCGUAGUCAGGCCUCAGCCCCCCGCAGGCCCAGAGCCGCUCGGCCGGCGGUGAUCUCCUGCGAGAGCAGGCCGCCGGAGCGGGUCGACCGGCGGGAAGUCCUGCUGGGACUUGGCGGGAUGUGCGCCGCCGGCGGCCUGGGGAUCGGCCGGGACGCCCUGGCGCUGCCCAUCCAGGCCCCGGAUCUGUCCAAGUGCCAGCCGACGGGGACCAACUCCGGCACCAACUGCUGCCCCCCGUACGACGCCACCAUUGUGGACUACAAGUUCACCCCGACGGGGCCGCCGAGGGUGCGGCCAGCGGCGCACACGGUGGACGAGGCGUACCUGGCCAAGUACAAGAAGGCGGUGAAGCUGAUGAGGGAGCUGCCGCCGGACGACCCGCGGAGCUUCGCCCAGCAGGCCAACGUGCACUGCGCCUACUGCGACGGCGCCUACGACCAGGUGGGGUUCCCCGGUCUGGAGCUGCAGGUCCACAACUCAUGGCUCUUUUUCCCCUUCCACCGCUUCUACCUCCACUUCCACGAGAGAAUCCUCGGCAAGCUCAUCGGCGACGAGAGCUUCGCCCUGCCUUUCUGGAACUGGGACGCCCCCGCCGGCAUGACCCUACCGAAGAUCUACACAGACCCCCGUUCCUCGCUCUACGACCCGCUCCGAGACGCCGCCCACCAGCCGCCGGCGCUGGUUGACUUCGAUCUCGGCGACGCCGCCCCCACCGCGCAGCGGCAGAUCGACCUCAACCUUUCCAUCAUGUACAGGCAGAUGAUCUCCAGCGCGAGGACCACCAAGCUGUUCAUGGGGCAGCCCUACCGCGCCGGCGGCAAUCGCAACCCAGGGAGCGGAUCCCUAGAGACCUCGCCCCACGGCCCCGUGCACGUCUGGGUGGGCGACCCCAAGCAGCCCAACGGAGAGAACAUGGGCAUCUUCUACUCCGCCGCCAGGGACCCCAUCUUCUACGCCCACCACGCCAACGUCGACCGGAUGUGGCACCUGUGGAAGAAGCUGGACCCCAGGAACGUCGACUUCACCGAUGGAGACUGGCUGGAGAGCUCCUUCCUCUUCUACGACGAGGCCGCCCGGCUGGUGAGGGUGAAGGUGAAGGACUGCCUCGAACCUGAGAUGCUAGGCUUCACCUACCAGAACGUGGAGGUCCCAUGGCUCAGGAACCGCGCCACGCCCCGCUCCGCCCCCUCAGCGGCGUCGUCUUCCACCUCCUCCUCGUCGAAGAAUCAGAGGAGGGCGAAGCUGCUGAAAUCCGCAAGGGAGACGGCCUCUUUCCCGCUGACGCUGUCGUCGGCGGCGAGCGUCAGUGUGAAGCGGCCCAAGGUCUCCCGGAGCCCCGCCGACAAGGACAAGGAGGAGGAGAUCCUCGUGGUGGAGGGGAUCGAGUUCAAUGGCGAAGUCUGCGUGAAGUUUGACGUCUACGUCGACGAGACCGACACCGCCGACGUCAAGCCCGACGACAGCGAGUUUGCCGGCAGCUUCGUCAACGUGCCUCACCGGAAAGGCCACAACACGAAGAUGGCGGCGGUGAAGACGACCCUGCGGCUGGGGAUCAGCGACCUGCUGGAGGACCUGAAGCUCGAGGACGAGGAGGAGCUCCUCGUCACCCUCGUCCCCAGGAAGGGUAAGGGGAAGUUCAACAUUGGAGGGGUCCGCAUAGAGCUCUCCUCCUGA